AUGUGCCUCUCCGAGACCGACAGUCACAAACAGAAGAGAAUGACUAGUGAAAGCCCCCGCUACAUCCCCAUUACCACCACUACCACCUCCUCCUCCUACAGAUCCGACCGUUCCACCACUCACUUCGACGGUCCCAACACCGGAAGCAACACCAUCCGUAGCGCCCAUGAACUCGUCCAUGACACUCACCGUCUCGAUAAUCCCCAGGACCUCUACCGCCAGCACCGCAAUGAGCACCUCGACUCUACCACGGUCGGCGGCAGCCCAGGCCGCUCUUUGAGUGGUACCUCUAGUCAUUCUGCUCGUCGACCAGAAACAAGUACCAGAGCCAGACGCAUUCUGCAGGAGCACGCUGCUGCUGGCCAUGGCCAUGGCCUUGGUCUAACCGCCGGCAUUCGUGCUCGGGAUGGAAGUGGUGGUGGUGGUGAUGAUGAUAAUGGCAUGGCUCUUUCUUUUGAUGAUGGGGAUGAUGAUAACUACACCCACGUUCCCUUUCCCACUCACGGUGGUGGUGGUGGUUUCGGUCUCGGUGCUAGUCGCGGUGCGCCCGAGUCGUCCGCUAUUAACCUCCCCAUUCGUAAUCACGGCGACCGCGGCGGCCAUCACUCCCACUACGACCUCGGCACCAGCACCGCCCGCAACCACCACCGCAACCACCGCCACAGCGAUCGACACUCCCUCCACACCCCCAGACCACCGCCGCCCAGAGAACCCAAAGAGCGCACAACCACUUACUUCGUCCAAGAUAACAUCCUUAUGCGCAUUUCUUCUAUUUCCCACGCCCACUCCCACUCUUCUGUAUCCCAUGCCCACUCUUCCCACUCUUCCCAUGCCCACUCCCACUCCCAGUCGGGUACUCACCACCACUCCUACCCGACCACCAUUGACAACAUGAACGAUCCCAGCGGCGACAGCAGUAACUCCAACCCCAACUUCACCAGCCACAACACCUCCGACACCAUGUCCAACGAACACAGAGGCGGCGGAAGCAGUGCCGACCACAAAAGAAGGAAAUGGUACCGUGAUCGAAUGGCAAGGAUCAUCCAGGAUAUCGAGCCGGGGUUGCCUCCUCCUCCUUCUUCUUUUUCUGCUUCAACUUUUUCUUCUUUUGGUCGUUUGGGUAGUGGCGGUCGUGGUGCUGGUGCUGGUGCUGGUGCUGGUGGGUACAACUAUAUGUAUCCUGGUAUGGGUAGUAGUACGAUGGGAAGUGGCGGUGCUGGUGCUGGUGCUGGUACUGGUGGGUAUGGCGCCACCAAUGCUCGCGAUAGUGGCUAUGAAAGUUUCUCUGGGAGUCCGGGGGGUUCUUUUGGGCGUGGGCGUGGGUACUAGGUUUAGGUUUAGGUCUACCAUAGGUCAUGGUCUAGACUUAACAUGCAAUCAAUCGGCCUUACCUCCU